AUGCAGCAAAAUCAGCAGCAGCGAGCGCUUGCCACGCGGACGGCAUGCGACCGAUGCCGAGAGCGCAAGCUGCGGUGCCUGCGCUCGCAAGGCCAGGGCGACGGGGCCUGCGUCCGCUGCGCCCGAGCCGGCGCGUCCUGCGUGACGGGAGCCCCGAGGCCGCUGGGUCGUUGUCGCGCUAGCCUGAGCGAGGCUGUUCACAGGAGGCCGCGCCAUUCGGUGUUCGUCUCUGCCGCGCCGUCCAGAUCUGCGUCCCGGGUGUCUCUUCCCGCGGCGUCUAUGCCGAGAGGACCGGAGGAGCCCGAGACGACCUCUAUUACUGGACUCCCGCACGAAGGGUCUGUCGCCCUAUCGCCGACUCGCGACAGCGAGGGCAGCUUCAAGUGCUUCCGCGGUCCCGUCACCGCGGAGACUCCGGACGAUGCCGUCAUUGACGCCCUGGAUCUCGGGUUCCCCAACGACAACGACGACGCAACCGCACUCUCAGCCCUUUUCGGCGUUUCCAACACGGGGGCUUUCCCCAUGGAACUUGAAGCAGAUUUCCGUGAGUUGUAUGGUGGCGAUGGCGGAGACCAGCCAGCCUCAUCAAAGUCGCUCUCCGCUCCGCCCGACACGCACAAUCCGAGUCCCUGCGUGGACCCUGCUUUUCUGCUUCGCUCUCUACCCGCAGGCGGUGCCGCCCUCGACAACGCGAACAGACUGCCGCCGGAACAGCCGUCUCCCGGGCCCGGCAGCAACGCCCUCGUCCGCCUCGCUCGCCUCAACCAGUGCAUCGCCCAUCAGCUCUCGCGCAUGGACACUUUCGUCAUGGGCAUCCCCUCGCCGGCCCUCCUGGAUUCGUGCGUCGCCAGUGUCGCGGACCUGCAGGUCAACCCCAUCCUCCAGGCGCUGGAGAGCACCGCGGAACUGGCCGCCGUAAUCAGGCAAGUCAUAUCUCCGGUACAGGACCACGGCUCGUCGUCGACGUCGUCGUCGUCGCCCCCGAGCAUGCCAGUCGUGCUCAUGUGCCUGUCCGGCCACAUACAGCUGCUGCAGGUGUACGACACCAUCUUCCUCCACGUCCACCGGUUCCUGGGCGGCCUGCACGACAUCCUCGGCUUCUUCGAGGGUCUGCCGGGGCUCACCCACAUCAGCGGCCUGCCGCCCAUCAAGGGCGACCUGUACAUCAAAAUCAUGAUCCAAGUGGCCCAGCACAAUCUCGGCAGCGUCGAAAAGGCCUUGGCCCUCCCGGCAGACCUGUGCCUCUCGGCGCAGCGGGCCUCUUCGAGGGGCUUGCUGAGCUACGUGGAUUCGCUCGACCCCUUCCAGAGCAUCAUGGGUCAGGCCUGCCGUCCUUCCGAGAAGUCGGGACGGGCCCUUGUCGCAUCCGUGCGGAUAAGGAUAGGAAAUAUACUGGGCCUCCUGAGAGACGAUUGCUAG